AUGGACAGGGAACCCAGUGAGGAUGACAGUAUGGCUGACCUCAGUUUUGAAGCGGAGAGUCCCGUGAUGCCCCCUGAUGAGCUCCUGGAGGGACUGCCCAGCUGUGACUGGCUUCUUCAAGGGCGUGGAAGGCAGGUCUUCCUUCCAUCCUUGGAGGCCCCGGGAAGGUCCCCAGAGCCUGCACCUUGGUCCUCAGUCCUGGAGCACAGCAGAGUCCCCGUGGUGACCGAGGAGGUGGCCCGGGAGGCCCUGCUCAGCUUCGUGAACUCCCAGUGCUGUUAUAGCAGUACAGCCGCCGGCAACCUCAUCAUCCAGGAGCUGAGACAGCAAACCCUCUGCAGGUACCGGCUAGAGACCUUCAGUGAAUCCAGAGUCAGCGAGUGGACAUUUCAGCCGGUCACCAACCACUCAGUGGAUGGACCCCAGAGAGGCGCCUCUCCCAGGCUUUGGGAUAUGAAGGUCCAGGUGCCUCCAAUGUUUCAGGAAGACACCCGAAAGUUCCAAGUGCCUCACUCCUCUCUGGUCAAGGAAUGUCACAAAUGCCACGGGCGGGGCCGCUACAAGUGCAGCGGCUGCCAUGGGGCCGGCAUGGUGAGGUGUUCAUCUUGCAGUGGUACCAAGCGAAAGGCCAGGCAGCCCCGGAGAUGCCACAUGUGUUCUGGCUCUGGUAGGCGCAGGUGCAGUACCUGCUCUGGGCGGGGGAACAAGACAUGUGCCACCUGCAAGGGGGAGAGGAAGCUGGAGCACUUCGUCCAGCUGGUCAUCAUGUGGAAGAACAGCCUGUUUGAGUUUGUGUCCCCACAUCACCUCCACUGUCCCGGGGAGCUGCUCGCCAAAGCCAGAGGGGAAAACCUCUUCCGGGACGAGAAUGCCACGGUAUACCCCAUUGUGGACUUCCCCCUGCGGGAUAUCUCUCUGGCCUCCCAGCGGGGCAUUGAGGAACACAAUACCGUUCUGGCUUCCCGUGCCCGCAUCCUUCAGCAGCGCCAGACCAUCGAGCUGAUCCCCAUCACCGAAGUUCAUUACUGGUACCAAGGCAAGACUUCUGUCUACUACAUCUAUGGCACCGACCACCAGGUGUACGUGGCUGACUACCCUGAGCGAUACUGCUGUGGAUGCACCAUCCUCUGAUAGGCACAGCUGUCCCCAGAGUCCACCAGUCACAUUUGACAAGGGGACAGCAGUGAUCUUUGAAUUUAGUUAUGUUGGUGAUGUUGGACAACCCCUUGCAAACUCCAGAAGUCUUUCUGAACAAUUGGUCAAUCAUCUGUCAAGACUCAUCUCCUGAUGGAGCUCAUCUGGUGGGACCCAUUUUUAACUUAUAAGAAUUCUCCUAAGCAAGUUUCUGUAGAAUAAGGGAGAGAUAUAAUACGAAUUUGGGGGCUCUGCCUUUCUCCCCCAAUUUAAUACCCCUGUUGUGUAUGGGGUCUCAUAUUGCUGAUCCCUAUUUUAGUCUGGAUUCUGCUAUGAGCCUUGAGCCAUGCUCAGCAUUAUAGGAGUGUUGAAAGAUACUCAUGGGUCAACUUCCACCCAGUACCUUUGCUUCCUAUCCUCUGGGCUGGAAACACUGACGUAGCCACUGCUGGAAUGGUUUGAUUGUACCAUGCAAAGUCUGAGGCCUCACUUGGAGGAAAGAAGGCUGGGGUGGUUCAAGGAUGGGCACUCUAGUUACCUGAAGGCUAGUUUUAAAAACAUCUGCUGGUUGAUGGGAAGCUGCCUUCUAGGCUACCUCCAUACAGUCUGGGCUUCCUCACAACAUGGAAGCUAUGUAGUGGCUGUCACUCAUGGGUACUGUGAUGGCUAAUGUUGACAGCGAACUUGCCAAGAUCUAGAAUCAUCCAGGAACCAAACUUUUGGGCAUGUCUAUGAGAGAGUUUCCAGAUUAGAUAAAUUGAGGUGACAAAGCCCGUUGUGACUGUGAACAGCACUAUUUCAUGGACUGGGGGUCCUGGAUUGAAUUAAACAGGAGAAAGUGAACUGAACACCAGUGUUCAUCUACUUCUUCCUCCGGACCACAGAUACAGUGUAAACAGCUGCCUCAUGCUCCUACUGCUGUGCCUUCCU